AUGAAGCAUCGUUGGCGAGCUGAAGACGAUCCUCGCGACAGAGACUUGAAUCGAUCGCGGGAGAGAGACCGACAUCGCGGCGACCAUCGUCCGCCAUCACCUUCUUUUGGAUAUUCUGAGGAUCAUCGAGGCCCUCAUCGAGAAAGGGACCAAGGAGGACGCGGUGGUCGUCGUCAAAGUCGAAAGUGGCAUCGAGACACGAAGACAUUUGGCGGCAGAAACCCGUCUUUAUCACCCACCCGUCCAGCCCACUCAAAACACCCGCAAGCACAGCAUUCAAGGCCGUUCAAAGACCGGCCCGGUCCGAUUCGCGAUUUCUCUCCCGAUAGACAUCCCAAACGCAGACGUACUCAGAGUCCUUCGCCUGCACCAAGUGACAGGUUUGGUUCCGACAGGCGGAAAUCUGGCCGCAGCCGUGACCCUGUAGAUAUUCACGAAAGGCGGUCGAGAUCACGUUCUCCUUUCAGACCAUCCAACGCAUCCAAGUCCGAUUCGGUCUCUCGGGGGUACAACUCAGACCUCAGAAUCUCGAGAGAAUCGAGUCCUCGUCGAAGACCAGAGAGACGAUCUCUUUCACCUCGCCCUUCGUUGAGACCAUCUCCAUCUCGCCGUGACGACUACAUCAGCCAUCGUGAAGCAUCCAGCAAAGAUUUUCGACCUCCAAAGCGGCCUGGAAAAGCCAGAGGUCGGCCUUUUCCUGUCGGAGGCCAACCGCGUUCAAGAACUCCGUCUGUAACAGACGAUAUUGACAAUCGCUCCAUGGAUGGACAAUACUCGACGCGUGGGAAUUAUGGCCAUCAUAGGGGACAACAGAGGUCUUUUGUUGAUACUAGGCAACAAUACAACGGAUCGCCACCUUACUCGGGGACGUCUAACAGCUCCUAUCAUGGGUCUCAAGCUGGCUCACCGUAUCACAAUUCCAGAGGCGGCUGGGGGGGUGGUCAAAGUCCACAUGGGCCUAUGCAUAGCUCCUCUCCACCGUAUCGACAGAACAAUUUCCCUGGGCCUGGUAGCAUGAAUAAUCCUAAUCCUUACUAUCAGAGCCAACAGUACUAUGGGUCGAACUCCCAAGGAUACCAGCAACCUUCUUAUCGGGGGGGGCAUGGUCGUGGUGGUCAUUACACUAAACAGGACCAGAGAUUCAACGGUCCACGCGGUCGUGGUAGAGGUGGUCAUUUCAACAAUCUUCAAUGGACUGCACCUCCUACGGGUCCUAAACGAGGCGGUGCACAAAAUCACGAUGCACAAAGUGGACACACACAUCAAACUUCCCCAGCGCAUUCACAAAAUGGCAGAGAAGCUCCUCCUGAAGAAGAAAAUCCCUACAGACCCUCGAAAGAUUUACAGGCCAAAGAUCAGAGGUCUCAAGCUCAGCAAACGCAGAGAAACGAUCAAUCAACAGCGAUAUCCUCGAAAUUCAGUUUUGCCUUCAAGUCAAAAGCUCCUCCAUCAGGUCCUGCUAGGCAAAAUACGGAUUUUUCUGCUAAAAUGAAAGGACCUUUCAACCCCGACGAACGAGGUCCUCCUACGCAGCCUGGAAGAAAGCCAUUUGAUCGAUUCAACCGGCGGGACGAUAGACCAGGUAAUCAGCGACCGCCCCCUCCUAGUUUCCCUCCACACUCCGACCGGGGAGCUCCUGCUCGGGCUGCAGAAUACCGUAGACCCGAACGAUCACGCUCCCCUCCCCUCAAGAAAUUCAAAAGAGAGAUAAAGUCGCGACCAACCUUGCCGCCUGAAUUUGCGGCUUCUGAUUCGGUGUACUAUCGCAAACCUGGCAACGAAUCCGUGGUUGGUGCUGGCACAUAUGGGAAAGUUUUCAAGGCGAUUCACAUCUACACAAAAGAUAAGGUGGCACUCAAGAAGAUCCGAAUGGAGGGUGAGAGAGACGGCUUUCCCAUCACUGCGGUGCGUGAGAUCAGGUUAUUACAACAUCUCAGACAUAAACAUGUCGUUGCCUUGCAGGAGGUCAUGGUGGAAAAAAAUGAGUGCUUUAUGGUCUUCGAAUAUUUGUCACACGAUCUUACUGGGCUGAUCAACCACCCAACCUUCACCCUGAGCCCAGCUCAUAAGAAAGACCUGGCAAGGCAGAUGUUUGAUGGUUUGGAAUUUCUCCACCGACGGGGCGUUCUACACCGAGACAUCAAGGCGGCGAAUAUUCUCGUUUCCAAUACCGGGCUCUUGAAAUACGCAGACUUCGGCUUGGCCAGAUUCUAUACCAAAUCUCGCAAACUGGACUAUACCAAUCGAGUCAUCACGAUAUGGUAUCGACCACCUGAACUCUUACUGGGCGAGACACAGUAUGGUCCUGAGGUAGACAUCUGGUCUGCGGCUUGCGUCUUUGUGGAGAUGUUCACCAAAAAGGCGAUCUUUCCUGGCGAAGGAGGUGAACUCAGCCAAAUCGAAAAGGUGUACAAUAUGCUCGGCACGCCGACCCGCGCAGAAUGGCCCAGCAUCGUUGACUUGCCGUGGUUUGAACUCAUGCAGCCCGCUGACCGGCGAAAGAGACAGUUCGAGAUGCUCAUGAAAGAUAUCUUCACGCCGGCCGGCCUGGACUUGGUGCAGUGGAUGUUCAAGUAUGAUCCCAAGAAGCGGCCCUCUGCUGACGAGGUGUUGAGACACGACUACUUCGUCAACGAGGAGCCGAAAUCCGAGCAGGCAACAGAACUCUCCCUCGUUGAAGGUGAUUGGCAUGAAUUUGAGAGUAAAGCAGCGCGACGAGAACGAGACAAGCAAGAAAAGGAACGCAAGAAAGAAGAGCACCAGCGUGAGAAGGAAAAGAGAAAGGCCCGCGAGGCGGGUCUGCCGGAGCCAGAUGGGUCUGACAAGAAGGUGAAAGUGGACGCCGCAAAUACGCCUGUGGUGCCACCACCUCCUCCAAAUGGGCAAGAUAUAGGUUCUACGACCCGGUCGGAGGAAGUCAAAAACGACGAUCCAGAUGAAUCGGAAGGCGAAGGGAGCGCACGAAUGAGUAUGUCUUGA